CAUGGACUCCGUUCUUCGCUCUCCUCACCCUCGCCUCACCCCAAUCACCUCCACCACCACCAGCACAGUCAGCACAGUCAGCACACUAGCCACCAGCACAGCGUUGACCUGUCGAACGACAACGACACCAACAACACCACCAAUGAGGCGAUUCGCUUCGUCUCGGUGGCGAACUUCGAGGACCAGCAGGCGAUUCGUACGGCGGAGUUUCACCCCAGCGGUCGCUACUUUGCCAUUGGCUCCAACUCCAAGCAGCUGCGCGUCUUUCAGUACUCUAGUCAGGACAGCAACAACAACACGGCGGACAGCGACAUUUCACCACCCGAGUUAAUCUUCAAACGACCAAAGUACCACAAAGGCUCCAUUUACUGUCUGGCCUGGAACAAGAUCGGCAACCUGCUGGCCACCGGCUCCAACGACAAGACCAUCAAGUUGGCCACCUUCAACCCUGAAUCUCCCAGCUUCCUCAGCAAUGAGGCGGAGCUGCCGGUGCACGACGGCACCGUCCGUGACCUCUGCUUCAUGGACGACCUCACCAACGGCAGCAGUCUGCUGCUGUCCGGCGGCGCCGGCGACUGCAAGAUCAACAUCACCGACUGCGAGACGGCGACCACCUUCCUCAGCCUGUCCGGCCACUCGGGUCCCGUCCUCUCGCUGUACACCUGGGGCGGGGCGAUGUUCGUCUCCGGCUCGCAGGACCGCACCAUUCGCUUCUGGGACCUGCGCAGCAACAGCUGCAUCAACUUUGUCACCUGCCCGACCAUAUCGCGCACCAAGCCAGGCGGCGCAGUGGCCGCCGUGUCCGUCGACCCCACCGGGAAGCUGCUCGUCUCCGGCCACGAGGACUCCACCUGUAUGCUGUACGACGUGCGCGGUGGCCGCGUCAUUCAGACCUUCCACCCGCACAGCGCCGACAUUCGGACGCUGCGCUUCUCCAGCAAGGCCUACUACCUCCUCUCCGGCGGCUACGACAACAAGAUCGUCCUCACCGACAUGCAAGGGGACCUGACGCAGCCGCUGAAGAGCGUCGUCGUGGCGGAGCACGAGGACAAGGUCAUCCAGUGCCGCUGGCACCCCACGGAGUUCGUCUUUCUCAGCACCUCCGCCGAUAAGACCGCCAAGCUGUGGGCGUUGCCCGACUGA